AUGGCGUCCUACGACACGCCGGAGGGCGUGGACAUUCGCGGCCGCUACGACCCGGAGUUCGCGGCCAUCCUCACCCGCGACGCGCUGGCCUUCGUGGCCGGCCUGCAGCGCGAGUUCCGCGGCGCCGUCCGGCACGCCAUGGAGCGCCGGCGGGAGACGCAGCGCCACUACGACGCAGGCGAGCUGCCGCGGUUCGACCCGGCGACGAGGUUCGUCCGCGAGGGCGACUGGACGUGCGCGCCCGUGCCGCCGGCCAUCGCGGACCGCACAGUCGAGAUCACCGGCCCCGCCGACCCCAGGAAGAUGGUCAACAACGCGCUCAACUCCGGCGCCAAGGUCUUCAUGGCUGACUUCGAGGACGCGCUGGCGCCGACGUGGGAGAACCUGAUGCGCGGGCAGGUGAACCUGCGGGACGCCGUGGCCGGCACCAUAACCUUCCGCGACGCCGCGCGCGGCGGCCGUGUGUACAAGCUCGACGAGCGCACCGCUAAGCUCUUCGUCCGGCCGCGCGGCUGGCACCUGCCCGAGGCGCACGUGUUCAUCGACGGCGAGCCGGCCAUCGGCUGCCUGGUGGACUUCGGGCUCUACUUCUUCCACAGCCACGCCGCCUUCCGCGCCGGCCAGGGGGGCGGGUUCGGGCCCUUCUUCUACCUCCCCAAGAUGGAGCACUCCAGGGAGGCGAGGAUAUGGAACGGGGUGUUCGAGAGGGCGGAGAGGGUGGCCGGGAUCGAGCGGGGGAGCAUCAGGGCGACGGUGCUGGUGGAGACGCUGCCGGCGGUGUUCCAGAUGGACGAGAUCCUGCACGAGCUGCGUGACCACUCGGCGGGGCUCAACUGCGGCCGGUGGGACUACAUCUUCAGCUACGUCAAGACCUUCCGCGCCCACCCGGACCGCCUCCUCCCCGACCGCGCCCUCGUCGGCAUGGCGCAGCACUUCAUGCGCUCCUACUCCCACCUCCUCAUCCGCACCUGCCACCGCCGCCAAGUCCACGCCAUGGGCGGCAUGGCGGCUCAGAUUCCGAUCAAAGACGACGCGGCGGCGAACGAGGCGGCACUGGAGCUGGUGCGCGGGGACAAGCUGAGGGAGGUGCGCGCGGGGCACGACGGCACGUGGGCGGCGCACCCGGGGCUCAUCCCAGCGAUACGGGAGGUCUUCGAGGGCCACCUGGGCGGGAAGCCCAACCAGAUCAACGCCGCCGGGGCGCCCGCCGACGCUGCCGCGAUCACGGAGGAGGACCUGAUCCAGCCUCCUCGCGGAGCGCGCACGGUGGAGGGGCUGCGGCUCAACACCCGCGUCGGCGUGCAGUACCUGGCGGCGUGGCUGGGCGGGUCCGGCUCCGUGCCGCUGUACAACCUCAUGGAGGACGCGGCCACGGCCGAGAUCAGCCGCGUGCAGAACUGGCAGUGGCUGCGACACGGCGCGACGCUGGAUGCCGGCGGCGUGGCGGUGCGCGCAACGCCCGAGCUGCUGGCGCGCGUCGUGGAGGAGGAGAUGGCGAGAGUCCGGGCAGAAGUCGGCGUGGAGAGGUUCCGGCGGGGUCGCUACGCUGAAGCUGGCAAGAUCUUCAGCCGGCAGUGCGUCGCGCCGGAGCUGGACGACUUCCUCACGCUGGACGCCUACGGCCUCAUCGUGGUGCAUCAUCCCAGAGCGCCGGCAUCCAAGCUCUGAGAAUCUGAUUAAGAACUAAACUGCGGCAUCCAUAUACAAACCUUUAUAUGUUGGCCUCGUUGUUGCUUAAACAAUAAUCAUCUGGGAGACUGGGACAGUCUGUAUCUAUGUUGCCUUAUAUUUUCUGUGUCAUGUUUCUUACUACUUGUUGGAUCAAAUACAACUACA